UCCUAGUCUGGGAUGGUAACUUCCUCUACAUCGAGGGAGUAUGUCCCAUUGUAUGUAUGGGCUAUCCCCAGUGAGUGCUGCGAUUGUUGAGGUGUAGUCUGUCAAAUACGUGAUUUAUUCGGAGUUGUUUCAUCUGUUACAACCGGCUGACGACUUGUGUCUCUGAAUGCCAUAUGUGAAUCUCACUAAAAAGUAGCGGGUUAUUACAGACACAGCGGCGGUAUCGGAGUAGGAAUUUGCUCGCUAGCGCUAUCUGAGCCACCUUGCAGUCCUGCUAGCACUGGAGCUAGUUAACGUUAGCAGCAGUUGUUUUGCAGUGUGAAUCUGACGGACAUCUGCUAAGUUAUGUCUUCAUCCAGAGGCUACUGCGUUUCAAAAUAAGUUGUCGGAGUCAAGAUAAAACAUCAGUGGCUGUGGGCUCGCUAACGAAGCACCGAGCUAGCGAGCUAACACUGCCGGGGUGUCUUUCACAAAAGGGCAGUGAACAAGAGACUUGUUAGCCAUAUCAGCGCUGGCUUUAACUUAUUCGGUUUGGGCAAUCGCAUAAAGAGCAUUACAAUCGUACAGAAUGAAUGGGUUCAGCACAGAGGAAGACAGCCACGAUGGACCGCCUGCUCCGCCGUUUUAUGGACAGAGCUGCUGUCUGAUCGAAGACGGGGAGCGCUGCGGCAGGUCAGCUGGAAACGCCUCCUUCAGCAAGAGGAUCCAAAAGAGCAUAUCCCAGAAGAAACUGAAACUGGACAUCGACAAGAGUGUGCGACACCUCUACAUCUGUGAUUUUCAUAAGAACUUCAUCCAGAGUGUGCGCAACAAGAGGAAGAGGAAGACCAGUGAUGAUGGAGGGGAAUCCCCAGAUCAUGAUGUGGAGGUGCCUGAGGUCGACCUCUUCCAGCUGCAGGUGAACACCUUGAGACGCUACAAGCGACACUACAAACUGCAGACCAGGCCUGGCCUCAACAAGGCCCAGCUAGCAGAGACGGUGAGUCGUCACUUCAGGAACAUCCCUGUGAAUGAGAAGGAGACCCUCACCUACUUUAUUUACAUGGUGAAGAGCAGCAAGAGCCGCUUGGACCAGAAAGGGGAUGGCGGCAAACCGCUGGACUAAACCUCCUAAAAGCAACAACCACAGUGGCAGCAGUUACAACAGAGUCACAGUAAUUCACACCUACAACAACAGCAACAGUUCAGACUCUGGGCCUUAUUAACAGCAGCUCCUUCUGCAGCCCAGUGAGCUCCUCUGUCACACCACAACAUGAGCCGUUGUUGUUCUCGGAGUACAUUUCACAGAAAUGGAGGAGACUUCACAGUGAGUUCACUUUAGCUCACUUUGCCCUCAUCACAUGUUGUUACAAUGGCCCAUCCUCCUUCAAGGUGUUUCCUCUUUCCUUUGCAAAAGUCAGGGCCGUAAAGACUUCUGAGGACCAGGACUCAGUCGGCAGGGGUUUACCUCACCAUGCUGUGAUGUAAACUUGUUGAUAUGUACAAAGGUGCAACUUCCAAACUCAAAUAACUUGGUUGAAUGCAAUGUACAGUAUAGUAGCCGCCUUAAGAGUAAAAAAACAAAACACAUUUGUGUAUUUCUCUUUUGCCAAGUCGACUGUUAACAUGAUGGCUGUGAGGAGUGCAUGUGCCAAACAGGAACGCGUGUUGGAGCUGAAUGGUGGGAUUUUACUUUUUGUUGUUGUUAUUGUGAAUGAAUGAAUUGUUGGAAAGGGGCGCUGCCACAAAAAAACAUAUUCAAUCUCAACAUCUAAAACAUAAUACCAAAUUGAGCUCUCUUUAAAUCACCCUUUCCCACCUGGACGUGAUGUAUUGACAGACUGGUGGGGAAUGAUGUAGCAGUUGUCACUCUUGUCUCUGCUCUUGUAGACACACACACUGGUUAGUUUCUGUGCAACGCAGGUGUUGGUAGCUACUUCCAUUUUUAACAUUUUUGUAACACUUUCUCUUUA